AUGCCUGAAGUUCGGGACCUUUCCGAGGCUCUGCCCGAGAUGUCCAUGGAUCCAAUCACUGGAGUUGGUGUCGUAGCGUCCCGAAGCAGAGCACCAACUGGUUAUGAUGUUGUUUCAACAACAACUGAUGGUUUGGAUGCUGACCUGUGGAAAGAUGGACUUUUUAAGUCUAAAGUUACCCGAUACCUGUGCUUCACCAGAGUAUUCUCAAAGGAAAAUAGCCAUUUAGGAAAUGUUCUUGUUGAUAUGAAGCUGAUCGAUAUAAAGGACACCCUGCCUGUGGGCUUCAUUCCAAUCCAAGAGACUGUUGACACCCAGGAACAGGCAUUCAGGAAGAGGCGACUUUGUAUCAAGUUUAUUCCACGAGACUCUACGGAGGCAGCCAUCUGUGAUAUUCGAAUCCUGGGAAGGUCAAAGCAGGCUCCCCCACAAUACACCUUUAUUGGAGAGCUAAACAACAUGGGUAUCUGGUAUCGUAUGGGUACUGUGCCACGAGCUCGGGACUCCUCUAACACAUCAGCCGUGAAUGACGUCCAGGAUAUGAAUUCUACCUCCACUUCGGGCCCUGUCCCUCCAGUUCCAGUGACUAAGCAUUUUUCCAUGACUCUCCCCGCCACUUUCAGAGGGAAAAACACUACUCGACCAGAUUACGAGCACCAAAACUCCAACCUUUACGCAAUCUCUGCAAUGGAUGGAGUGCCGUUCAUGGUCUCCGAAAAGUUUGCUUGUGCCUCAACAGAAUUGCAGCAGGUGGAUCUCAUUGGCAUUACGAUCAAAACAUUGGCUGAAAUUGAGAAAGAAUAUGAUUACAGUUUUCGCACGGAACACAGCGCUGCAGCACGGCUCCCUCCAAGUCCAACUCGGACAUCCCUGAGCUCUGAGGCCUGA